CAACAUGGAACGCGCAUACCCUGCAAAGGAAAGGAUUUCAACCGCUAAUAACAGCCGGCCUCAAAAUUUUAGUACUAACAAAAUUUCUUCGCUAACAAAAUUUCUUCGUUCAUCUUCACACGACCGAAAUCUGUCUGUAUUUCUUCCUUGUUCUUGCUGAUUUUCUGUAUAUUACUGCUUUCCUAUCUGUUUUAGCAAUGAUAUAGGAUCAGUUAUCCUUCUGAUUGUUGGAUUUGGAUCUUUUUUCCGUGAUUAUUUGAUUCAGUUUUUUGAGCUUAAAUCUCAAGAAAAUGGGUGACAUGAAAGAUAAAAUGAAGGGUUUCAUGAAGAAAGUCACAUCUUCUUCCUCUGGUAAAUUCAAGGGUCAGGGCAGAGUCUUGGGUUCUUCUCCAUCUGCACCUGUAAAUCCCAUUAUUACUCGUCCCAACCAAUCCCAAUCCCAAUCCCAGAUUCAAAGAUCUAAUCCCCCUUCUUCUUCUUCUUCUUCUUCUCCUAAGCCUCUACCUCAGCAACUGAUGAAUUCUGAUAAUAACAAUCCGGUAUCUGUCAACUAUCCAUGUCCGCCCCGCAAACCUACAAAUGGAUUUGAUCCCUACGAGUCAUUGAUUACUUCUAGCAAGAUCUCAAGAAAUGGGUAUUCGUUAAACGUGGUUGACUGCCCAAUUUGUGGUGCAUCUUUUGGAUCUGAGGAGGAGGUGUCUAGACAUGUAGAAACCUGUAUUGACAAUAGUGAGGCUGAGGAUGAAAGUGUUGAUGGUGCUUCAGGGUUGACUGUCAAUGGGGUUGAUUCAAGGGCUGAAUUGGAGGCUUGUGUUGGUUCUUUCCUGUCGGGGAAGCCAUCAGAGGGGUCAGUAGAUGUUGUUCUUAGGUUGUUCAGGAAUAUAGUGAAGGAGCCAGAUAAUGCGAAAUUUAGGAAGGUUAGGAUGAGUAAUCCGAGGAUAAGGGAGGCCAUAGGGGAAGUUUCUGGAGGUGUUGAGUUGUUAGAGAUUGUUGGGUUUGAAUUGAAGGAGGAGGGUGGUGAAAUGUGGGCAGUGAUGGAGACUCCAAAGGAGGAGGAAAUUGGUUUGAUCAGCAAGGCAAUAGCAUUACUGGAGCCCAAAAAUUUGGAAGAACCUAGAAAUAUGGGGAACCCACUGUCUUCAGCUUCAGCCGAGGGUAACAAAGAGGAAGCUCUUGAGCCAAAGAAGGUUGAUAGACAGAUCCGUGUAUUCUUCUCUGUACCUGAAAGUGUAGCAGCAAAAAUUGAGUUGCCAGAUUCUUUCUAUAACCUCUCACUUGAUGAGGUGAAGAGAGAAGCUGACUUGAGGAAGAAAAAGAUUGCAGAAUCCCAGCUUUUAAUCCCUAAGUCUUACAAGGAAAAACAAGCAAAAGCUACCAGAAAGAGAUAUGCAAGAACGGUUAUCCGUAUCCAGUUCCCUGAUGGCGUGGUGCUCCAAGCUUUUUUCUCUCCCCAGGAGACAACUACUGCUCUUUAUGAGUUCGUUGGCUCAGCUCUGAAAGAAUCCAGUUUGCAGUUUGAACUGCUAGAUCCUGUACUGGUUAGGAGGCGGGUGAUCCCUCAUUUUCCCACUACAGGGCAGAAACCAACGACACUGGAGGAGGAGGGUUUGGUCCCCUCUGCACUUAUUAAGUUCAGGCCUAUUGAAACGGAUUCAGUUGUUUUCAUGGGGCUUUCUAAUGAGCUUCUUGAAAUCAGUGAACCCCUUGUAACUGAUUCAGCAGUUCCUCCAGCCUAAGCUUUUGAUGUUCCUCAUAAAUUUACCAACAUCAGGUUUCUUGGCAUAUUCAUUUUUCUGAAUCUAUACAUUGGUUUUUAUGUUGUUUAUAAUGAUGGACUAUAUAAGUGGGAUAAUUCUCCUCUU